GCCGUUCCCCGGCGGUGCGCCCGAUUCCCUUUGUCUCCGGCUCCGCAGAGCGUCGAGGCCGUCUCCCACCGAGGCUAUUUCGGGAGGAAAAGCAGAAGCAAGGAGCCGGAGCCCCGGGGGCCGCGCCAAGCGGAGCCGAGCGAGCCCAAGUGGUCGCAUUUCUGCCACUUCCGAGAGAUCACGCACGUCGUCAUCAAGGACUGCCGAGUCAGCAUCAACCGGCAGGACAACCAGUGCCUGGAGGUGCUCCUCCCGUCCUACGAGAGCGCCCUCUCCCUGGUCUCGCUGGUGGACGGCUACUUCCGACUGACGGCGGACUCCAGCCACUACCUGUGCCACGAAGUGGCGCCGCCGCGGCUCGUCAUGAGCAUCCUCAACGGCAUCCACGGGCCCAUGCAGGAGGAAUUCGUCUUCGCCAAGCUGCGGCGGGAGGAGCACGAGGAGGGGCUCUACGUCAUCCGCUGGAGCGUCCUCGACUUCGACAGGAUGAUUCUGUCCGUGGUGAAACGGGGCCACCAGCAGGGCCCCGGGGCGCAGGGGGCCCUCAAGUACAGGCAGUUCCGCAUCCAGAAGAAAGGCAGCUCCUUCGUGCUGGAGGGCUGGGACCGCGAGUUCCCCACUCUGCGCGAGCUCCUGGACGUCCUCAAGGGCUGCACACUCAAAUCCGGCGAGGAGAGCUUCACGGUGAAGAGGUGCUGCCCGCCCAAACCAGGAGAGAUUUCGGACCUGCUGAUCACGUGGAAGGUGAAGGACAGCACGAAGCAGAUCCUAAACCUGACCCAGCUCAGCUUCCACCAGAUCCGCAAGAACGAGAUCACGCAGCGAGCCCACCUGGGGCAGGGCACCCGCACCAACAUCUACGACGGCGUGCUCAACGUCUGCGGCGCCGCCGGGGCCGACGACGAGGCCGAGUACUUCUCCACCGAGCCGAACAACAACAGCAGGGAGCUGCACGUGGUGCUCAAAGUCCUGGACCCCAGCCACCGAGACAUCGCCCUGGCGUUUUUCGAGACGGCCAGCCUGAUGAGCCAAGUGUCGCACGUCCACCUGGCCUUCGUGCACGGCGUCUGCGUGCGGGGCUCUGAGAAUAUCAUGGUGGAGGAGUUUGUAGAGCACGGCCCCCUGGACGUGCUGCUGCGCAAGGAGAAGGGCCGGGUCACCGUGGGCUGGAAGAUCACCGUGGCCAAGCAGCUGGCGAGCGCCCUGAGCUACCUGGAGGACAAGAACCUGGUGCACGGCAACGUGUGCGCCAAGAACAUUCUGCUGGCCAGGAAGGGGCUGGAGGACGGCUCCCUGCCCUUCGUGAAGCUCAGCGACCCCGGGGUCAGCUUCACGGUGCUGUCUCGAGAAGAGCGCGUGGACCGCAUCCCCUGGAUCGCCCCGGAGUGCGUGCAGGACAUGGGGAACCUCAGCACGGCCGCCGACAAGUGGAGCUUCGGCACCACGCUGCUGGAGAUCUGCUUUGACGCCGACGUCCCCCUCAAGGAGCGCACGCCUUCCGAGAAAGAGCGUUUCUACGAGAAGAAGCACCGCCUGCCCGAGCCGUCCUGCAAGGAGCUGGCCACGCUGAUCUCGCAGUGCCUCAGCUACGCGCCCAGCGAGCGCCCGUCCUUCCGCACCAUCCUCCGGGACCUCACCCAGCUCCAGCCCCACAACCUCGUGGAUGUCACCUCCGUCAACCCCGACUUCCCCGUGUCCGACCCCACCGUCUUCCAGAAGCGCUACCUGAAGAAGAUCCGCGAGCUGGGGGAGGGUCACUUCGGCAAGGUGAGCCUCUACUGCUACGACCCCACCAACGACGGCACGGGCGAGAUGGUGGCCGUCAAGUCCCUGAAGGCCGGCUGCAGCCAGCAGCUGCUGGCCAGCUGGAAGAGGGAGAUCGAGAUCCUCAAGACGCUCUACCACGAGAACAUCGUCAAGUACAAGGGCUGCUGCAGCGAGCAGGGGGAGAAGAUCGUGCAGCUGAUCAUGGAGUACGUGCCGCUGGGCAGCCUGCGCGACUACCUGCCCAAGCACAACGUCAGCCUGGCGCACAUCCUGCUCUUCGCACAGCAGAUCUGCGAGGGCAUGGCCUACCUGCACUCGCUGCACUACAUCCACAGGGACCUCGCCGCCCGCAACGUGCUGCUGGAGAAUGAGAACGUGGUGAAGAUCGGCGACUUCGGCCUGGCCAAAGCCAUCCCUGAGGGCCACGAGUAUUACCGCGUCUGCGAGGACGGGGACAGCCCCGUCUUCUGGUACGCCGUGGAGUGCCUCAAGGAGUGCAAGUUCUACUACGCCUCCGACGUCUGGUCCUUCGGGGUGACGCUCUACGAGCUCCUGACGCGCUGUGACCCCGCGCAGAGCCCUCCCGUGAAAUUCAUCGAGCUGAUCGGGGCCACGCAGGGGCAGAUGACGGUGCUGAGGCUGAUCGAGCUGCUGGACCGAGGGAAGAGGCUGCCCAGCCCCAAGGACUGUCCCUGCGAGAUCUACCGCCUGAUGAAGAACUGCUGGGAGGCCGAGGCCUCUUUCCGCCCGGCCUUCCCCAACCUCGUCCCCAUCCUCAAGGCCUUCCACGACAAGUACCGCGCCCAGGCCCCCUCCGUCUUCAGCCUCUGCUGAGGGGGGGGGGACGAGCUCGGGGUCCCCCGUCCCCCCCCCCCCACCAAAGGUCCCUUUAGGGCCGGGGCCGGGCCCCCAGCUUUAGGGUUUUUUCCUCUUUUGGGGUGGGUUUUAGGGCAGGACCGGGUUUUGCUCCGGUUUUAGGGCCGCCGUGCCUCUCGCCGCCGUGCCUCUUCCCCGCUCCCCCCCCCCCCCCCCCAUCCUCGCCUUAUUUCCCCCCCCCCCCCCCCCCCCGCAUCGAAAUGGGGCCAAACACUGUGAAACGGGACGGGGACGGCCCCAGCCCCUCUGCACCCCCCCUUUAUGGGGUCCGCGUCCCCACCCCCCUUCCGCCAAAAGUUGGGGACCGCCCGGGGCUCCCCCCCCCCCCCCGUUACCGUGAGCUUUAGGGGCGAGGGGGGGGGCACCAAGAGGGCACACACCCCUUCCCUGCCCCCCCACCCACCCCCCCCCCCCCCGACCCCAAAAAGAGGGGGUUAGGGAAAGAAUUUGGCACUUUAUUGCAGUUUGGGGUUUCCGCUGCGUUUUGGGAGGUUUUUUUUUUGGGGGGGUGGGGGGGGGACGGUGGGUCUCCCCCCACAAACAUUUGGUGGGGGGGGGGGGGGGGAGGUUGUGCUGGCCCUCCCUGUGUCCCCAGCGAGGUUUUUAGGGUCGGACGGAGCUGAUUUGGGGGGGGACGAGGGGGCUGGCCGCCCCCCCCGCCCCCACCUUGAACUGUACAAAAGGGGGGGCUGCUUUGCCCCGUUCCCCCUUAUUUAUUGCCUGCUGUGUGAUGCCGCGGGCCCCCCCCCCCGGCUAUGGGGUGGGGGGCGGCCGGGGGGCCCCAAUAAAGGUUGUAACGGCC